UCAGAACGAGACCAUAUCUGCGUCUUGGACAAAGAUGCCCGGCGCGCAUCCCAGGGCUCUCCCUCCACUGUCCGGGCGAACCAGACUACGGCUUCCAGCCACAGCCCUAGGAAGAUCGCCAAGGACCCACUGCGCCUGCGCGUGCAGCAGCUCACCCAGAAGGAUGCGCCCGCUGGCUGAGCCAGCGCACACAACUGUACGCCACAGAGGCUGCCGCCGCGACGGCUAGCCGGGCCCACUGCGCCGGCGCGCGGAGCGGUGCAUUUUGGGACGUGUAGUUUUUCCCCCGCAGCAUUGUGGGAGUCGCGGAUUGUUUGCUGGAGCGGCUCUGGCGGGCAGCCGCCGGGAGGAGUCAGAUCUUCCACCUCCCUGAACCUGAGUUUCUCACUCUCUCUCCUCAUGUGCUUGUCGGGACGGGGUCUACACUGAUCAGAGGUGAAUUCACACUUGGUUCGCCAUGAACUGGAAGGUUCUUGAACACGUGCCCCUGCUGCUAUAUAUCUUGGCAGCAAAAACAUUGAUUCUCUGCCUGGCAUUUGCUGGAGUGAAAAUGUACCAAAGGAAAAAGUUGGAAGCAAAGCAGCAAAAGCUGGAGGCUGAAAAGAAGCAGCAGUCAGAGAAGAAAGAUAACUGAUAGAGAAUCCAGGUACCUGACCUUGAGCUUGGAACCAGCCAAUGGCUUAUGGCUGCCAAGCAGUGGGUGUGUUAGGACUAGAAUUCCAGGUCCCCUGGGCCUGAUAGGCUUCGUGAGCACACAUGACCUGCCUGUCCACCGAGAUGUAGAUCCCGAUCCUGGACCCUGCCCUCUGUGGAGCCCAGGUGUACGGGGGAUGAAUUGACCCUUCUCUAAGCCUGCAGUGGUUUCUGUAGGUAUUGGGACUCCUGAGAAUUUAAUGACAGCCAUUCUCCCCAGAGAAGCACACAAACCCAAAACACCUGCAGUUGUGUGUACACUUGUAGAUGGAAGUGGAGAAGGACGAGAUGGGGAGUCACAGGUCAUUUGAAACCUCAAAAUUAAGAAACCCUAUUGUCUUCAAGAUAAAGCCUAACUCCUUGGUGUGGCAGGUAAGCCCAUGUUUCACUUGCCACCUACUCCCUGUGCUCCCAGAGGCCAGGUCUUGGCCACCAUAGACCUUCCUGCCCCCAGCCUUGUUGGUUAGUCCUAGGCUAGAAGGCCCUUCCCGACAACCUCCUCACCAGGCAGGAGGGCUUCCUUGUCACUGUGUCCUGGUGCCUGUCACAGUGUACCCAGAAGGGCCCUGAUGUGCUUGUGGUGGUAAACACAUCAGCCCACCAGGGAAUUCUUGUACAGAUUAGCACAUGAUAGCAGUCUCCUGGAUUCUGGGGUGUUGAUACAAUCUCUUCAUUUCUCGGGUUGACUUCUGGGCUUCUCUGAAAUAGGAUUCAAAUGUAGUGGUAGGGGCCUCUAGAUCAGUGUUUCCCAAACCUGAGGAUCAGAAUUGCUGGGAUCUUAUUAAAAUGCAGAUUUGCAGGCUUUUGCUUCAGCGAUUCCAUUCUGUCUAUGUGUGUCUGGGCAUGUACUUUGAAAACCCAUUAGGUGACACUCAAGUAGUCCUCUCAGUAACAGGUCACCACGGGAAGCACUGGGCUAGGUGACCUCCUCAACCCCUGCCCACUCAGAUUCCACGUGUAUGCAGACAAGAUCCCCUUCCAGUGCUGUCAGACUGGUGAGGGUGAAGGCACACUGGUGGUGACAGUAGCACACUUGCUGAGUGAUUGUUCUGUGCUGGGCAUUUUGCUGGCUAUUUCCUGCACAGCUGGGUUAUCACUCCUGACUGCUGUAUGAGGCGUAUCCAGGUUGAAAAACAGUGACUCACACUGUUCCUGGUGAAGAGCAGACCCAGAAACUGAACCCAAGUCAAAGCCAUUUACCCAGCGUACCAAGCUCGAGUUGCCCUGCCCUCCUGAACAUAGGCAGGUGAGCAGACAUGCUUGACUCUUUCACUCACCGUUUCCAGCAUCCACAGCCCUUGGCUGCUUCUCAGUGAGUUGUAGGUUUUUGCCAGACAGAAGUUACUGCUACGGAACUUGCUGUAAACUCAGGAGCAGGUACUUAGACAGGGGAAGAGAAAUGUGAAAGGGCAAGGGGAGGCAGUUCACAGUGAGAUGCUGCUGGUCGAAUUUAUGUUCCUGACGUCCUCAUUUUGCAUGUCAAACUGAGAAGAGGAAGGAAACAUGAGAGGUGAGAUCACGAAGGCGGCUUCCGCCCUCGGACAUGACCAGAGGCCCGUGGGUUGAGCAGGGCUGACAGCUUCCAUGCCCCCCAGGCUGGCUGCCUCUCACAGGCUGGAGCCUUGCUUUAAACAACCUGGGAUUUCAUGUGAAAGGGAAAUAGCAGUGCUAAAAGUACAUCAUUAAUAGAUAAACUUGAAUAGUUUCUGUUUGUCAAGUCUGAAUGGCUGAACGUGAGUGUUCAUGUUAAUGUUGAGCAAGUAGAACAUUAGCUAUAAUUUUACCAAACAUUUCCUUCCUGCCUAGCACUUUGCU